ACAAUUACCUCUAUAACUACGUAUUCCUAUCCCUACUAUUAAAAAACCUUGGAAUUUUGCAUUUGGUCAAACAAUUUGUGCCAUGGCGCCGAAUCAACGUCAACGUCAGCUUUUUAUUUCAAAGAAAGAAUUAAAAAAGAUCAAUGGCAGAAGAUUUUCAAAACCUGAAGAAUCGUCUGGUAUUGGUAUCAUUUAUCCCGGAGUAGAUACAGCGUUUAAAUUACUUUUAUCUGUUAGAUUUUGUUCUGCUAUAUGGAGUCACAUAACUGACUGCGACGAAACAUAUAAUUAUUGGGAACCAAGUCACUACUUGCUUUAUGGAAACGGCCAACAAACAUGGGAAUACAGUCCGCAAUAUGCAUUAAGAUCUUACGUGUACCUAUUAAUUCAUAUGGUACCAGCUAAAGUUUAUCAUUAUUUGUUAGAGCCAAAUCCUGUGUUAGUCUUCUAUUUUGUGAGAUGCCUACUAUGUGUAGGUUGCGCAUUAUCUGAAGUGUACUUCUAUAAGAAAGUAUGCAGAGAAUUUGGACUUCAUAUAGGAAGACUAACAUUUGUCUUCCUUAUUGUGAGUUCUGGAAUGUACAUUGCAAGUGCUGCAUUCUUACCAUCUUCAUUUUCAAUGUAUUUAAGUACUGUUGCCAUAGCAGCUUGGUACGGACGUCAAUAUGAAUUAGCUAUUUUUGCCACUGCUAUAUCUGCAUUAUUAGGGUGGCCAUUUGCAGCAUUACUUGGAGUUCCAAUUGCGAUAGAAAUGUUAAUUUGUAAGCAAGAAUGGAUCAAAUUUUUAAAGUGGGUUAUUAUAUCCGGUGUUGUUAUCUUGGUACCAAUGGUAUGGAUCGAUUCAAUGUAUUAUGGAAAAUUAGUAAUAGCACCAUUAAACAUUGUGAUGUACAAUGUUUUUACUAAUCAUGGUCCAAAUAUUUAUGGGACAGAACCUCUCAGUUACUAUAUCUACAACGGAUUUUUAAAUUUCAAUUUUAUUUUCAUUGGCGCACUUUGGGCUCCGUUUGGAUUGCUUUUAGUAUGGUUGUUUGUACCAGAACGUCCAAGGAACAAACAGUGUUUGUCAUAUUGGUAUUCUUUGGCACCUUUAUACUGUUGGUUUCUGGUUUUCUUUCUUCAAUCUCAUAAGGAGGAAAGAUUUUUAUUUCCUGUAUAUCCAAUGAUCUGUUUGGCUGGAGCAGUAGCUGUGGAUGUCGUUCAAAAAUUGUACUUUUUUAUAAGAACAAAACUCAGCCCCUUGCAUAUCGCUUAUCAUUAUUUGCAAUACACAAUUCACAUUACUCUCCUUACUGUUUUAAUAUGUGGCUUCCUUGGUGUAUCCAGAUCCUUAGCAAUAUAUAAGGGCUAUUAUGCACCAAUGGAAAUAAUGAUUGAAAGUAACAAGUUUGGAUCAGAAGGAGAUAUUUCAACAGACAUGAAUAUAAAUUUUUGCAUUGGCAAGGAAUGGCAUCGGUUUUCAAGUAGUUUUUUUUUCCCAUCGAAUAAUUGGAAACUUCAGUUCUUGAGGUCCGAAUUUAGAGGACAAUUACCACAGCCUUAUCUAGAUCAUGAAAAUGCAACUACUGUAAUUCAACCCAAUUUUAAUGAUAUGAACAGAGAAGAACCAUCGCGUUAUUUUAAUUUAGAAAAGUGCCAUUUUAUAGUAGAUCUAGAUGUUGGAAUUGAGACCGCUUUGGAACCGAAUUAUGCUCGAUUAAGUGAUAAUUUUACUGUAAUAAAAUCUUCCAAAUUUUUAGAUUCUGCAAGAUCACAUCAGUUUUUCAGGGCGUUUUAUAUACCUUUUGUAUCUCGUAAAUUUUGUACAUAUGGUUCAUAUAAUUUGUUGCGAAAUACUAAAUUGAAGCCCGUUUCUCAGACGUCAAAGGAGAAAGAUACAAAGACCUCUUGAACAACGAUUUUCAAACAUGUCUAUAAUUUUGAUAUACAGGGUCUGUAUCAGGUGAAUUAUACCAAAAAAUGGAGUCACUGGAAGCAAUUUAAAAUUUAUACGUAUAUUGCGUCAUUUUUUAGAUUUUACUGAAAUUUCUAAAGAAACUGCAUUUCACAAUGCAUUCUACAUCUACUACAUACGUGAAAAAAACUUUUUCUAUUAAAGUUUACUAGAUCAAGACUUAAUGUUCUAAUAAACGAUAACUAAUCUAAUCAUAAAUGUUCUUUGUAUGACUAUUGCAUAAAUAUAUAUUAAACAUUGUAGGUGACAUAGUAUUCGUAUAUUGGUAUGACUACAUUCUAACGUGCAUCGAGUUGUUUCAUGAUCGCUUGAAAAAGUGAAUACCGUGAAUGCACGCAAUUAUAAGACAAAAUAAUUAAGACGUUAUAUUUUUUUCAAACAAAAUUACAUUUGUUACAAAUCUUUUAAUUAAAAUCAUACGCUUUCGCAUACAAUGAAAUAUUUAUUUUACACCGAAUGAAAUUUUGUACAUAUGUUAGUGAAAAUUAAAGUAGGAUGUUUUUAAGAAUGUACAUAUUAUUGCUUUCGAUUUUAUAUAAGCUAUAAAUUAUUGUACGGCAGUUAAGAACAUUCGGUACCUUAAUUUAAACAUUGUGGUCCUAAGGAAAGAUUAUUAGCGUUAGAGGCUUAUCAAUGUAGACUACACCAACGUACAUAUUCGAUUGUAGUAGCAUUCAUAUAAUAAUUUGAUGUAAUACAUCAUGUUUUAUAUUCUUAUAUAAUAAAUCACUAUAUGAUUAAGACUAA